CACAAGCCUUUUCUUGGGCGAUUUAGUUCAACAAUUGCUCUACAGGACUUUAUGCAUGCUCGUCAGGCAUCUGUUGACGGCUUGGUGGCGCUGCAGUACAGCGUGUACCUGACCCAUGCGUUAAUCCUCUCCAGCGCAGAAAUGGCAGCUCACGACUUGAAGCGAAUGCCGCUGCACCGUUUCGGUGCACCCUUAACACCGGACCAGGUGGUUGAGGUACCUUUAAGCACUGUGGGUGGCCUUCGCCCGUUUCAUCUGUUUGUGCUUUUCACUUUUGUUGAGGGUCACACUGAGGGAGUUGCAGAGCAGCUCAGCAAACAGUGUAAAGACUGCGCUGCGGCCAUAAAGACGUUCCGCAAAGUGUCAAAAGCCUACAAGCUUUCGGAUUCAGAGCCUGGUAACGACGACCUUUUCCCUGUUAUAUUUGGUGUUGUCAAUGUGGGCACACGGGAUGGUGCGGCAAUUUCGGCUAUUCAUCCUGCAAUGCAGCUUCCCGUAGCUCUAUACUUGCCGCCAACGUUUUCUUCUAGCGUUGAAAACCGCAGAGACAGGAGCUCUUCGAGCUCAGGUGUAUCGACAACUGUGGCGGCGGAAGAUAAAGCGGUCGAGGCAGAAGUGGACAGGGGCAGUCUGCAUGUUGCACUUCAUAAAAUAACUUCUGCCGAGUUUUUUACUGAGACUCUUGGGGAAUGGGAAGAAGACGCGGUGCUACGCGACCUUUUGCUGCAACAACAAAAGCAGGGAAUCCAUGGGAAGGUCCAUUUCUUCUCCGUCCCGCAAAACCACCUUUUGCUCCUCCAACGCCGCAAAAAUGAAGCAUCUCCUGAACAGAAACUGCUGGAAUGGGUCAAUGCCCACACAAGCAGGCAUCAGUGGCUGAUUCCUGUUGGAGGAGUUGUGGCGUACACCAUGUGUAGCGGAGGUAUGGUCUUUAGCAUAAUUCAUUCGGUGCCUUUUAUGGGGUACGAUGAGAUAGGCAUGCGGUAUGUGUUGCUGGCCCCAACGUCAAGGGCACAGUACCUCUUAGAAGGCCUGCUGAUUUCGUCCUGCUCUACGCUGGCGUCCCUCGCUGCCCUGGGCCUCCUGAGAACCCCUUACCUAGCAAAAACAGCCGUAUGCAGCCCCUCUACUGAUAAGGGUGAAACUGGAUGUAGCGUCAUUAGCACAUCAAACGGCUCCCAAGAGAUGGGAGAGGCAGUUUCUUGUUUUUGUAAAGUAGAUUUAAACGAGUAA